AGUUGACGAACACUUUCUGAGAAAGUUGGUGGCAAAAGUUGCUUGCAAAAGUUGGUGAUCAUAAGUUGACGAAUUAAAAAAAUGCCGUGAUGCUUUUGAGGAGUACUUCAUCCCGGCGCAGAAGGGCGUCGAGGAGCGUCGCUAGUUCGCCCCAAUCUGGGAGCGUGCCUGCGGCAACCCCCGUCCCAAGGGCCCGAAGGGCCUCUGUAGCAACCGACAAGGCGAUAUCAUUGACACUGAACACCUCUAGUAGCAGUACUAACGAGAUGGAUAGACAACGUUCGCCUCGAGGCAGUGUUGUACCAAACAUCGCGUUUGAAGCUGAAGAUAGUCACGAUGAGCCAAUUGGUCGGAGAAUUCUACCAGAUCCCGAGCUUUGUGGAUCACGAGGCCUACUACCGGAUCCUAACAGAAGUUCCCGCAAUUCUCUAGUCCCCGAUGAUUACAUGAGAACACCUCGUGGAUCACUAAUUCCUGAUUCCGCAAGGAGUCCUAGAAAUAGUUUGGUACCUGAUGGCUCGAGGAGUCCAAGGCAUUCGUUAGUUCCCGAUGGAUCUCACAGUCCGCGAAAUAUAUAUGGAGGUGGUGGAGGAUUGGGAACUGAGCCUACAUAUAAUCGAAGUCCUAGAGGCAGUUUAGUACCGGGUUCAGCGGCAGCGUUAUCCGCGACCCGCAAUAGUUUAAUGCCAGAUAAUGGCAGCAUACGUAGCUCAAGGCAUUCAUUGUUACCGGAUACCACAAAUCGUAGUCCACGUGGAAGUGUUGCCAAUAUUGAAUUUGACAGAAAUCCACGAGGUUCAAUAUGCCCAGAUAUAUCAAGAUCCUCAUCCCCGAGGGGUAGCAUUGCGCCUAAUAUUGAUCAAGAACGAAGUCCGCGUGGAUCUAUUAGUUCGGAAUAUCACAAUCCAAGCCCAAGGGGCUCCAUUAUGCCAGAAGUCAACAAAUCACCCCGUGGUUCCAUUGCACCAGAUCCCAAUCGCUCACCUAGAGGCUCUAUUUGUCCUGAUGUGGGAAGAAGUCCCCGAGGCUCAAUCGUACCACAUGAUUCGACAAAUAGAUCUCCAAGGGGGUCUAUUGCUGUCGCCGAUUUAGAUCGCCCCCAUCGCGGAUCUAUUGGUGGUGGCGGUGUUCCUGACCAAGAUAAUCUCACUCGCAGCCCGCGAGGCAGCAUUGGCCCUGAAAUCGACCACAGCCCUAGAGGUAGUCUCGGUGGUUAUGAAAAACGAAGCCAUCGGAAUAAUAAUCUUGGUAUUUCAGAACCACGGCGAGCUUCUGCUGAUCAAGGCACGUCAGCAAAUCGCAGUGGGUCACCUUAUCGUUAUCGUGAUGGUAACACUAGUAGCGUAAGAUCUGGUCCAGGUCAUGGAACUCAAACGAAUUUAGGAUAUGGAACAAACGCUUGGGCUGAAUCUAGACGAGCAAGCAGUUCAGUAUCACAGUUUUCAGGUGACGAAUCACGAAGACUUUGUAUGAGAACGGUUAAUUCAACAGAGAAGGGAACAACCGUUUCAAGUGGCUUAGGAGUUGCGACGUACGGAUCUCUAGUAUUUCAACUAAAAGACGCCCACAGGGAAGCCAGUGGCAUCUGUGACUUUGUGUUCCGGGCAAUGGGAGUUGUCAGUAAAACUAUGUUUGUCACUAUCUGCCUCGCAUGUCUUUCAACUGUACCCAUUAUUAUGCUUAUCAUGGGAUUACAAUUCAUCAAAGACUGUCCAAAGGAGCCUCAUAUACCAGUUUACAUGAUAGUGGGUGGCACAUUGGGUGGAGUGAGAAUGUUCUGGGCCUUGUACUCGCAAAUUCGAUCACGGCGCCUUGAAAUCCUGAGUGUACCAAACGCAAGCCCACACAUAUCCCCCAUGCAAUUGGUGUCUAUAGCUUUGACGUGCUUCCUAACCGUCUGGUUCGUAUUAGGUAAUUAUUGGAUUCUGAAGAUCAGAUGGCCGGACUUCGAAGCAAAAAUGUUCGACCCGGAUCACUGGUGCGCCAAGACUCUCUACAUCUUUGCAGUGGUCCAUCUUGGCGUCAUCUACGCAGUCAUAGCCAUGAGUAUUAUCACGGCACUAGGUCUUGCUGUUUGUAGAGUUCUAGCUUGUCCUUGGUUCGAAAGAUAUAAAUAACCACGGCAGUCGGUUCGCUUGAGGGAAUGUAUUGGCGAAAGAACAGCUGCUACGACAACUAGCGAGAGUAGUGGUUCAUCGAAACGGCAAAAAAUAACCUCUUUAGAUGGUAAAACUAUUCAGGAAGUAAAUGAGGAUGAUGAAGAGGAAAUUUUGUGUAAGAAACCUGAAAAGGGAAAUGAUGUUGUAGUUGUAGUUGAUAGUAGCAACGAUAAA